AUGAAGCCUAAUCGGUGGGAAAUGCUUCCUCUACCCUGCUUCUCUCGUCUUUUCCGUUUUAUUUUCCUCCUCUUCUUCCUCUUCUUCCCCUCAACCGAUGUCCAAUUCUUGCCAGAAGUUUGGACAGGACAGGGCCAGCUGCUCUUCACCCAGCCUGCUUAUAAUGCCUCCAUCUUCGAGAACUCUGCUGCAAGAACCUAUAUCAGAAGUGAGGUCAAAAUGGGCAUUGUUCUCGGGCCACCGCGGUCUUUAGACAUUAAAUAUUCCAUUGUGUCUGGAGACAGUGAAGUCAUCUUCCAGGCGGAGGAGUAUGUAAUGGGUGACUUCUGUUUCCUCCGCAUAUGCACCAAUGGGGGCAGUGGUGCCAUACUGAACCGGGAAGUACAGGACAAUUACACUCUGACGGUUAAGGCAUCUGCCCAAGGAGGUCUAGAGGCCUUAACCACUGUUUAUAUCAAGGUCUUGGACACAAAUGACCUCCGACCUCUCUUUUCCCCAACCUCCUAUUCGUUUGUUGUGUCUGAAAAUGCCCCAUUUGGUGCCAGUAUAGGACGAGUGACAGCCACAGAUGCUGAUGUGGGCUCCAAUGGCGAGUUCUACUACUUCUUCAAGAACAGAACAGAACUCUUCGCUGUACAUCCGACCAGCGGGGUCAUCACUCUGACGGGUCAACCCAGGAUGGACAAACAGGACCGAUUUGAGCUGGAGGUGCAGGUUGUCGACAGAGGGAUGAAACUCUACGGAAACAAUGGUAUCAGCAGCACCGCCAGGCUCAUCCUGAGUGUGGAGCGGGUUAAUGAAUUUGCUCCUGUUCUCAGUGCAGUCGCUGUUAUUCCAUCGUGGGAUGACAUAGACCCAGUUUUUGUCAUAUUGACUGUGGAGGACAAAGAUGAGGGGUUAUCUGGGGACAUAGAGUGGGUGUCCAUCAUUGAGGGUGACCCCUAUGAACAGUUUAUGGUUGAUCGGUCACCUAUUGGGAAUGAGUACAGGGUUAAAACAACAGAUUUGCCCAACUGGUAUACAUUCCCCUAUGGUUGCAAUUUAACAUUCCAGGCUAAAGACAGAGGUAUACCUCCUAAGUUUUCUAAUACUCAAGUUGUUCAGCUGUUAGUUACAAAGCCAGACCCUGUGUUGGCCAAUUUUGAGAAAGAUGUUUAUGUAGUCAAGCUGAGUGAAAUUGCUCCCCCAGGCACAAUUGUAGAGGUGGUGAAAAUCUCCCCAGCUCCACUGAGUGUCAAUUACAGCUUCAGCAGCCUCUCAGAUCCAAUGUACUUUGAUAUAAACCCUUUGACUGGAGUUAUUAUGACCACAAGGCAGCUGACAAGGAUAUCACAGAAUUUCAUGGUGAUGGAGGUAAUAGAUAUUAUCAGUCAGCAGCAAGCACAGGUCCAAAUUACCAUAGCGGAUGCUAAUGACAACUCUCCAGUGUUCAACAGGCCAUCCUAUAAUAUUGCAAUCAAUGAGAGUUUGCCUGUAGGUACUGUUGUUCUCAUAGUUUCUGCUGUGGAUGAGGAUAAAGGAGAGAAUGGGUAUGUAACUCACACAAUCAGCGGUGAGCAGUCUCUUCCAUUUGCUAUAGACCAGGACACAGGGGAAGUGAGGAUCACAAGCGAUGUGGAUUUUGAGUCAUCAGAUGAUAUCUAUACUUUUGCAGUGCGAGCAUCUGAUUGGGGUUCGCCCUACAGAAGGGAGAGUGAGGUUAAUAUCACUAUCCGUGUGAUAAAUAUCAAUGACAACCGGCCUCUUUUUGAGAAGGUUUCUUGCAGAGGGAUGAUAAGCCGUGAUUUCCCUGUCAACCAGACUAUUGUUACCUUGUCAGCUAUAGACAUGGAUGAGCUAGGAAUGGUGCAGUAUAAAAUAUUAUCUGGAAAUGAGUUAGACUAUUUUAACUUAGAUCAAGAAUCUGGGGCUUUGUCACUGAAACAGUCAUUAGCAGCGGAUAAUUUAAAAAACGGGAUAUUUAACCUGAAAAUAGUUGCAACAGAUGGAGAGAUGUUCUCAGACCCUACAUUUGUGAAUGUUUCAGUGGUGAGGGGUAGAAUACCAAACAGGGGGUUUACCUGCAAGGAGACCAGGGUAGCACAGUUAUUGGCAGAAAAAAUGGUGUCCAAAGCGUCUGCUAUGGCUAGAUCAAGACUGGAUGAGAGUUACUCAGACCUUUUCUCUAUGAACAAGCAGGCUCCACAAUUUGAGGCCUUGCCUACAAGUAUUCUAGUGAGAGAAGACCUUGAUGUUGGUGCCAGUGUUUUUCAGGUGCGAGCUCGAGACGGUGACACGGGCUUCAAUGGUCGUGUUCUGUUUUCUAUUUCUGAUGGUAACAAAGACAACUGCUUCAAUAUCAACAUGGACAGUGGACUGAUAACCGUCCUGCAGCCACUUGACCGUGAGCGAGUGGAUCGUUACUUCCUAAAUAUCACUAUCUACGAUCAGGGCAUUCCUCAGAUGUCCAGUUGGAGACUACUGACUUUGAUCAUCGAGGAUGCAAAUGACAACGACCCCCAGUUUUAUCAGGACAGCUUCUCCGCCCUUGUUUCAGAAAACUCAGCCAUUGGUAUGGAAGUUAUUACCAUCACUGCAUUUGACAGAGACAUGGGGCAGAAUGGACAGCUGUCCUACGUAAUGAUAACCAGCAUCCCUCAGUUUGGCAUAGACAGUGAAACUGGAAGCGUGUUUGUUGCGAGCCACCUGGACAGAGAAACAUCCCCGAUGUUCACAUUGAAGAUUGAAGUGAGAGACAAGGCUGAAAGAGGCACUCGGAGAUCAUCAGUGACCACUCUGAGGAUAAUAUUGGAGGAUGUCAAUGAUUGUUCUCCAGCUUUCAUCCCAGGCAGCUAUAGUGCUCGAGUGCUAGAAGACAUCCCACCAGGAGCUGUGAUUACAUGGGUGCAGGCUCAGGACCCAGACAUCGGACUUGGUGGACAAGUCAGAUACUCUUUGGUUCAUGACUUCAAUGGCACAUUUGAAAUUGAUGCAGUGAGUGGAGCAUUGAGAAUUAGGAGGGAGCUGGACUUUGAGAAACAGCCAUUUUUCAACCUGACGUUACUUGCUGAGGACAGAGGAGUACCCAGGCUGUAUAGUCAAACAUUUGUGGAAGUAGAGGUGGUGGAUGUCAAUGAGAAUUUGUAUGCACCCUACUUCCCCGACUUUGCUGUGAGAGGCUCAGUGAAGGAGAACUCUCGUGUAGGAACAAGUGUCCUGACAGUCAGCGCUAAGGAUGACGACAAGGGACGAGAUGGCAUGUUGAGGUACUCUGUCCGAGGAGGCAGCGGACUGGGCACUUUCACCAUUGACGAAGACACAGGGGUGAUUUACACUGCUGGUAUCCUGGACUGUGAGACCAAAGAUUCCUACUGGCUUAGUGUCUAUGCCACAGAUAGAGGGGUUGCACCCCUGUCAGCUUCUAUUGAAGUCUUCAUCCAGGUAGAAGAUGUGAACGAUAAUGCUCCCCUCACCUCUGAUCCUAUCUACCACCCAGUAAUCAUGGAGAACUCUCCAAAGGACGUGUCAGUCAUCCGAAUCCAGGCUCAGGACCCUGACCUCACUGCCACGUCUACUCGUCUGAGCUAUCGCAUUAGUGCUGGCAACCCGCAGAAUUUCUUCACCAUCAACCCAAAAACAGGUCUGAUCACGACCACUGCAAGGAAACUGGACAGAGAACAACAGGCAGAGCACUUUUUAGAGGUGACAGUAAUAGAUGGCCCCGUGACCACCCGCCAAUCCACUGUGUGGGUCAUAGUUCACAUCGAGGAUGAGAACGACAACCCACCAACCUUCCCAGAGGUCACCUACCGCAUCAGCCUGCCCGAACGAGACCGGAACAAACGCAGUGAGCCUGUCUACCGAGUCUUUGCCUAUGACCGUGACUCUGGAGCCAAUGGCAAUAUAACCUACAGCAUUAUUGAUGGUAAUGAGGAUGAAAAGUUCAGUAUUGAUCCCAGGACUGCUAUGGUGUCAUCAAAGAAGAUGGCCACUGCGGGCAGCUAUGACAUCCUCACUAUAAAAGCAGAAGACAGCGGUGAGCCUGCAUUGUGGUCCACCGUCAAACUCCACGUAGAGUGGAUUCGCAAGCCUGUCAUCUCAUCGCUGCCCCUGCAGUUCACCCAGAGGUACUACAACUUCUCUGUUACGGAAACGGCGGCUGUGGCUCAGCCGGUGGGAGUGGUGGCCGUCAGCCAGUCGAGCACACCUGUGUGGUUCAAUAUCAUCGGAGGACGACUUGCCAGAGAAACGUUCUACAUUCCGCAGAAUGCUUGUGGAAAGAACUGCUCACUUGACACAGGGAGCUUUGACAUGCAGUUUGACCUUCAAGUGGGAGUGGGGACUCUAGUCGUGGCCAAGCCCCUGGAUGCAGAGGUGCAGUCUGUGUUCAACAUGACGAUACAGGUGACAGAUGGGACCAACUUUGCCACAGCGCAGGUGUUCAUCCGAAUACAAGACAGCAAUGACAACCCUCCAGUUUUCUCCCAGUCAGCCUAUGAUGUCAGUGUCUCCGAGGAUGUACCAGCCGACAUGGAGCUGCUGCGGGUCAGAGCGUCGGACGUGGACGAGCGUGCACGUUUGAGCUUCUCCAUCUACGGCAGUGUAGAUCCAGCCAGCAUGAGGCUGUUCAGGGUCAACCCCGGUACUGGAAUGGUCUACACUGCAGACAGGCUGGACUACGAGGCCAGAACGCAGCACAUCCUCACUGUUAUGGUCAAGGAUCAGGAGUUUCCAUUUAACCGUGACCUGGCUCGUAUCCUGGUGGCGGUGGAGGACUCCAAUGAUAACAUCCCCUACUUCACCAGCACCGUGUACGAUGCAGUAGCCUAUGAGAAUUCUCCUGCAGGCACUUCUGUACUGCAGGUGACGGCCCUAGACAAAGACAAUGGGAUUAAUGGGCAACUCACCUAUAGUACGGAAGCAGGUAACUCUAAUGGUGUGUUUGGCAUUGAUAAUGCCACAGGCCUUAUAUUCAUUGCCAAGGACUUGGACCUCACCUCUGUGGGCUUUUACACCCUCACUGUACGCGUCACCGAUAGCGGAUUUCCUCCAUUAAUGGCCACAGCUACAGUUCGCAUUUCUUUGAUGCUGUCCGACUUCUCCAAACCCAAAUUCACUCAGAAGGAGUAUCAGACUGAGAUAAUGGAGAACAGCAAAAUUGGAACAUAUGUGACCACCGUUAGCGCCCUCAGCCGCUCUGCGCUCAUUUAUGACAUCACCAGGGGCAACGAGGAGCAGUGCUUCGUUAUCAACCAUCAUACUGGUGUUAUCACUACACGCAGAAUGCUUGACUUUGAGAAGACAACAAUCUAUUUUGUGAUGGUGCGUGCCCUGAGCAUGGCUGGAAUGGAAGCCAGCACCACUGUCAUCAUCCAAGUUGGGGAUGUCAAUGAUAGCCCACCUGUAUUCCAACAACUCAGGUAUGUGGGUGCAGUCAGUGAGGCUGCUCCGGUCAACAGUGUGGUCCUGGGAGAGGAUGGUAACCCUUUAGUCAUCCAGGCGACCGAUAAAGACCGCAAUCACAACGCCCUGUUAGUGUUCCAGAUCAUAGACGAGACCGCUCGCAUGUUUUUCAGCGUGGACUCUGGGACUGGAUCAAUUCGAACGAUUGCCAGCCUGGACUAUGAAACUUUCUCUGAGUUCCUCUUUCGGGUUCAUGUCAGAGAUAGCGGUCAGCCUUCUCGGAGCGCUGAAAGCCCAGCGGAAGUGAUCAUAAAGGUAAUGAACAUCAAUGAUUCACCCCCAAAGUUCUUCCAGGACACUUAUGAGACGGUCCUCCUCCUGCCUACAUACUUAGGAGUUGAGGUCCUUAAGGUUGAGGCUUUUGACCCUGACAUGACCUCUGACCUCAAGUCUGUCACACCCCAGCUAGUUUACUCUCUGGUGGACAGCAAUGUGGAGUAUUUUGCUGUGGAGCGCUACACCGGAGUUGUGACUGUCCUAAAUCAGAACCUCAAUAAAGAUCGUUAUCGCUUUAAUGUGAAGGUAUGGGAUGGACGUUUUUCCAGCAUGGCAUCAGUCACUGUGCUUGUCCGAGAGGCUAUAGACAGUGGCCUUCUCUUCACCUACCCGAUCUACUCCGCCUCCAUCCCAGAAAACAUCCCCAACAUCACUGUAGUGACUGUAGUGAACACAGUUGGCCACCGCCUCAACGAGCCACUCAAGUACACCCUCUUGAACCCCGGAGGGCGCUUCACCAUUCGGCCCACCUGUGGAGUGGUGCUCACCACCGGUGUGCCUUUUGACCGAGAGGAGAGGAAGAGUUACGAGCUGGUGGUGGAGGUCAGCAGAGAAGACGAGAUACUGAGAGUGGCCAGGGCGACUGUGCAAGUACAGGUGGAGGAUGUGAAUGACAACACUCCAGAGUUUGUAAACCUGCCCUACUAUGCUGUAGUCCAGGUGGAAGCAGAGCCAGGAUCAGCUAUUUUCAGGGUGUCAGCCACUGACCAAGACUUUGGUAUGAAUGGAGAUGUGACUUACAGCCUUAAGGAGGAGCACAGGAACUUUCAAGUGAACCCUGUGACAGGAGAGCUGACCUUAAAACGAGCCUUCGAGGCAGAUUUAUCCAACGCAGAGUACAAGGUGGUCAUUGUGGCCUCUGACGGUGGCUACCCCACUCUGUCCAGCGAGGUGGAGCUGCCUGUGACUGUAGUAAAUAAAGCCAUGCCGGUGUUUGACAAGCCCUUCUACGGUGUAACUGUCAGAGAGGACGUGGCUGUCUCCACGUCUGUCCUGUGUAUAAACGCCAGCACUCCUGAGGGCCAGAGCAUCAUCUUCACCAUCACGGACGGAGACCCUUUCCUCCAGUUUGAUAUCGGCUUUGACACCGGGAUCAUCAGCGUGGUUUACCCGUUAGACUACGAGACCACCCAGUACUACCGCUUAACUGUGAAGGCUACAGAUACACUGACUGGUGCAAAGUCAGAGGUCGACGUGGACAUUGUUAUGCUGGAUGUGAACGAUAACCCACCGCUGUUCCUCAACACUUCAUACUCUGCAGUGCUGGCUGAAAACUCCAUGAUUGGAACAACAGUGUUACAGGUGUUUGCUCAGGACCAGGACUCAGAAAAGAACGCUGCGGUGAGCUACCAGAUCCUAUCUGACAUCUACAACAGCACCGACUACUUCCACAUUGAUAGUAGCAGCGGACUGAUAUUCACCGCACGUCUGCUCGACUAUGAGCUCAUCCAGCGCUACAACUUCAUUGUCAGGGCGACGGACAGUGGAGACCCUGCCCUUAGCAGUGAUGUUAGUGUCACCGUUAUUGUCACUGACACAAACGACAAUCCACCUAAUUUCAGCCAAGCGCUGUACGAGGCCUUUGUCAGCGAAUUGGCUCCCCGAGGACACUUUGUGACUUGUGUUCAGGCAUCUGAUGCUGACAUCUGUGAUGCUCAAAGACUGAGGUACAGUAUUCUCUCAGGGAAUGAGAAAAUGACUUUUAUGAUGGAGCCAGAUACAGGGGUGCUCCGUCUGUCUAACAAGAGGAGACAAGGCAUGAAACUCUCGUAUCAACUCAAUGUGUCUGUGUCAGAUGGAGUCUUCACCAACACUGCUCAGGUGAUUGUGCGUGUCCUGGGAGCUAACUUGUACAGCCCAGUAUUCAGCCAGAGAUUCUACCUGGCUGAGGUGCAGGAAAAUGCCCCUCCUGGGUCAAAGGUCAUCCAGGUUCGUGCGACAGAUGAGGACUCUGGACUUUAUGGCCAGAUCACCUACUCCUUCAUCAAUGACUUGGGGAAAUCUCAGUUCACCAUUGAUGCAGAUGGAGUCAUAUCCACUGUGGAGAAAUUAGACAGAGAAAAUCCUCUCAACAAGGACAUGGUGCUGACUGUUAUGGCGCUGGAUGGUGGAGGGCGGGCAUCAUUUUGCACAGUGCGAGUGGUCCUUGCCGAUGAGAACGACAACGCCCCUCGAUUCAGAGCAGUGGAGUACCGGAUGAGCAUUAAAGCAAACGUUGCCAAAGGUUCACUUGUCACACAGAUCCAGGCCACUGACCCCGAUGCUGGGUCUAACGGGAGGAUCACCUACUCCCUUUACAGCGAGGCACGCCUGUCCCUGGUUGAUGUUCUGGAGGUGGAGGCAGACAGUGGUUGGAUGAUGACUAAAAGCACAGUCGACCACCUCCAGGGCACUGUACUGUCUUUCUUUGUCAAAGCCACAGACUGCGGUUCUCCGGCCAAGCACUCCCUGGUGUCCGCUUUCAUCCACGUCGUCCCUCCUGAUGCGUUUGUUCCCUCGUUCAGCCAGCCUCAGUACUCUUUCACCAUCCCCGAGGACACGACGGUUGGAACAGCUCUGGGGUCUGUGUACAUGGGCCCGGGCCAGACGGGGUUCUUCACUGUUGUUGUCGGAGAAACAAUUGACAGCAACAAAGGGGGAACUUUCCUGGUGGAGAGGGAGUCAGGUCUCAUCCGUCUGGUCAAGCCGCUGGACUACGAAGCGGUCAGCAACUUCCGCUUUAAGGUGGCGGCGACAGCAAGAAGAGACCUGAUCGAGUCCGUCUCCACUGUGGACCUGGAGGUUAAGAUCCUCGAUGUGAAUGACAACAAGCCAGUGUUUGAGACGAACACUUAUGUGGCAACAGUGAUGGAAGGGAUGCCGGUCGGGACAAGAGUGGUCCAAGUGCGAGCUCUCGAUCCAGACUGGGGCUCCAAUGGACAAGUAACCUACAGCCUCGGGCCUCUGCUCACCUAUAAUCUGGAUCUAACCAAAGAACCUUUCUCCUUCUUCGGCUCCAUCACGACAAGUUCAGUCUUCGCCAUCGACAGCAAAACAGGCUGGAUCACCACUGUGAGUCAGAUGGACCACGAGGCCUGCUCCAGCUACAGCUUUGAAGUCGUGGCCUCUGAUCUGUCCGAGACGCAGUCCCUCUCCUCCACCACAGUGGUAACCAUCACCGUGUCAGACGUUAACGACAACCCGCCGUGGUUCGAGAGGGAGCUCUACCGAGGAGCCGUAAAGGAGAGCGACCCCCUCGGCGAGGUGGUGGCUGUUCUGAAAACCAAAGAUCUGGACGGCACAGAUCAAAACCGCCUUGUCAGCUUCUACAUCACUGGGGGAAACCCGCGGGGCGUGUUCGGCCUGGCCCUUGUGCAGGGGGAGUGGAAGGUUUACGUGAGCGGCCUGCUGGACCGCGAGCAGCAGGACUGGUAUCUGCUCAACAUCACUGCCAGCGAUGGGCUGUAUGUGGCUCGCACCGCCGUGGAGGUUACCGUAAUGGAUGCCAAUGACAACAGUCCCAUCUGCAACCAGGCGGUGUAUAGCGCCUCUUUUCCUGAGGACAUCCCCACUAACAAGGGCAUUCUGACAGUGGGUGCUACAGAUGCUGACUCAGGCUCCAGCGCCGAGAUCCAAUAUUCCCUGUUUGGCAUUGGGGUUGAAGAUUUCUAUAUGGAUGCAAACACCGGUGAGCUGCGCACAGCUACCGUGAUGGACCGAGAAGUGACACCUACCUACAAACUCAUCGCCCAGGCAACCGACGGGGGAGGGCUGUUCUGCCGAUCUGACAUUUCUCUCAAAGUGUUGGAUGUGAAUGACAAUGCCCCCUUGUUCUCGUCCCCUCAUUACCUGGCUAGUGUGUAUGAGAAUGCCGCCCCCAAGGCUUUGCUUACCCGACUGCAAGCCAGCGACCCCGAUGAAGGUCUUAACCGAACAGUGGUCUACUCUCUGGUGAAUUCAGUCAAUGACUUCUUUUCCAUCGACCCGGUAACUGGGAUAGUGAUUCUAGAGAAAUCUCUGGACAGAGAGAGCCGCGACUCCUAUCGUGUUCGUGUCCAGGCUACUGACCGAGCUGGGCAGCAGGGAGCGCUGUCCUCACAGGUUGAUUUGACCAUUUUGGUGCUGGAUGUGAAUGACAAUGCCCCAGUCUUCCAGAGGAGAGACUACGGCGUUACUGUCCCCGAGGAUGUUGCCGUGGGAACCGAGGUCAUACGUGUGUUGGCGACGAGCGCUGACAUCGGACCCAACGCGGAGAUCACCUACAACAUCCGGUCGGGCAACGAGUUGGGAAAGUUCAUCAUAGACACAAAACUAGGCUCUAUUUCAGUGGCUGAUGAUUUGGACUUUGAGGUUUGCAAGGACUACUACCUCACCGUUGAGGCCUGGGAUAGCGGGAACCCUCCUCUUAGCACUGCUACCAUGGUAACCAUUGAACUCAUGGAUGUCAACGACAAUGCUCCAACCUUCAGUCAGGACAUCUACAGUGUCCUGGUCAGCGAGGAUGCUUCUGUUGGACAGACAAUUACAAGGGUGUUAGCAGAAGAUCUGGACAGCCAGGUGAAUGGGCGAAUCACUUACUCUAUCUUGAAAGGUGACCGCAGCAACCAGUUCUGGAUAGACCCUGUUGCAGGACUGCUCAAAGUCAAUAAGAGGCUUGACAGAGAACUAGUAUCCAGGUACGCUCUGUCGGUGCAGGCGUUUGACAGCGGCUCUCCCGCUAUGUCGUCCACCGUCACUAUCAACAUCGACAUCUCCGACGUCAACGACAACCCUCCCGUUUUCACUCCUCCCAACUCCACAGCUAUAAUACAGCUCAACCAAGCUGCCAGCACCACCCUGCUGAAGCUGUCGGUUAGCGAUAAAGACUCCCCUAGAAACGGCCCUCCUUUUGAGUUCCGCAUCGUGUCAGGAAAUGAGGGAAGUUUUUUCGCCUUAGACCAGACUGGAACUCUGGGGACGAGCCGUGUGUUUGGCCCUGAAGCUCCCAGAGAAUUCACUCUUGAAAUCCAGGCAAGUGACUCUGGUAAGCCCAGGCUUACCACCUCCUCCUGGGUAUUUCUGAGAGUCAUCGGGAACAGUCAGUACAAGCCCACCGUCUCCCCGCUGGAAAUCUUCAUCGUCAUGGCAACGGAUACCUUCCAGGGAGGCCCGAUCAGUCGGAUCUACGCCACUGACCGCGACCCCAAUGACGUUCUGUCUUUUACACAGAAACCUCAGCCCAAGAGCAUGUUUAAGAUCAACAGACAGGAUGGCAGCAUUGUAGCGCUGCCAGGCCUGGAACCUGGCAGAUACCAGAUGAAUGCUACAGUGAGCGACGGACGUUUUGCCGUGAUAGCGGAUGUAUCAGUCCAGGUCGAACAGGUGACGGAUUUACUCCUACGUAGCGCCCUCACGCUACGUUUCAGCUCCCUGUCCCCGGAGGAUUUACUUGGUCGCUAUCUGAAUCAGAUCAAACUGACUUUACGAGGAAUAGCUGGCUGGAAAUGGUCACCGGGACAACAGGAUCCUCUCCACAUCCUCAGCGUACAGCCAGUGACGGGGACAUCAGACGUUGACUUGCUUCUGGCCGUGGAGAGACCAGAGACAUCGGGCAGUGGACGGGUGGGCGGGUUCUACUCCCCACAGGAGCUGUCUGCAAAGCUGGAGGAGGCGGCGGGGCGGGGUCAGAUUCGAGGUGUCCUGUCUGGGGCGGUGGUGGUGAGCAGCGCUUGCUCUGGGGAGCUGGAUUGCGGCGACCGGGUGUGUGAAAUCCUACUGGUGAUGGACGGCGGCUCACCUGUCACCUACAGCACAGAGAGGGUCAGCUUGGUGUCACUGAAGUUCAGCCGUACGGAAACCUGCACCUGCCCCGGAGGGACAUGCCCCACCCCUGUGGAGCUCUGUGAAGGUCAGUCCUGUCCAGCAGAUAUGCAGUGUGUGCGUUCUGGUCCUACAGCACCAUCUGUCUGCCAGUGUCAGCCUGAGAGACUAGACGAGUGUGCAGGCCAAACCUCUCUCAGUUUCUCUGGAAACAGCUACAUCAAGUACAGAGUGACAGAAAGCGGCCAGAGUGGCGAGAUGAGGCUCGGCCUGAGGAUCAGGACUCUCCAGAGAAGAGGAGUCAUUAUGUUCACACGUGUUAACCCCUGUACCAUGCUUAAGAUUGAAGGUGGUCGGCUCUGGUUCCAGCUGGACUGUGACAACACCCUUGGCAUUAUGGGCAUCUCUGGCAGACCAAUAAAUGAUGGCCUCUGGCACGCGGUCGCCUUGGAGCUGACUCGAAACUAUACUCUCCUGUCAUUGGACGACAGCUAUGUGGAACGCCGUCGGGCAGCCCGGGCUCCUGUUCGUCUUUGGCCUCUGGCCUCAGAUUCUUCAUUUUUCUUCGGGGCCCAAGUGAGGCCGCUGAACACACAAGGCGAGAGGCCGAGCCCAGGACCGGGGAGAAGCCAGGGAGGAGCAGGAUUUGGGGAGCGUGGAGCGAGGGGCCCUCCAAGAGCCCAGGAUGGCUUCCAAGGCUGCUUGGGCUCGUUGAUGCUGAAUGGCAACGAGCUGCCACUUCAGAAUAAGAGGAGCCGUUACGCUGAGAUAGCCGGGCUCAGCGAGGUCAAGCUGGGCUGCGUGCUUUAUCCAGAUCCAUGCGUCAGUCAGCCCUGCCUCAAUGGAGCCAUCUGUAGCAGCCUGCCCUCUGGAGGCUUCAUGUGCAGCUGCAGUGUUGGAUUCACUGGGGUUCGCUGUGAAAUCGAACUGACGUCCUGCAUGCCGAACCCGUGCCAGAACGGUGGAGACUGCAAGCCUGUAGGGAGCGCAUUUCUCUGUGGCUGUCCUCGAGGACUCGUGGGACUUAUAUGUGAUGAGGAUGUAAAUGAGUGUGACCAGGACGAGUGUGGAGAUGGAGGGGAGUGUGUCAACACUUUUGGGUCAUUCUACUGUAACUGUUCAGAAGGAUACGAGGGUCAGUUUUGUGAUGAUCAGAUUCCUGGUGAUCCAGAUGAUGACACGCAGGCUGAGCCUCUUUCUUACGUCGGACCAGGAGAGAUAAUUGGCAUCGGGGUCCUCGCCUUUGUCAUCGUUUUCCUCCUCAUACUCUUCGUAGCCUUCAGGAAAAAAAUCAAAUUCAGGAAGGACUCUGACCCUGGCCCCAGCACUCAGGCCGUGAUGGGCAUCUCAGCAAUUUCCACAGAAGCUAGCUACAUGCUGCACAAGACUGGCAUGGGCACCGAAGGGAUUGAGUUUAAAGCCAUGCGUCUGUCAGGGUCACCAGGAGCCACAAGCACCUAUGGUGAGGUGGGAGGCGGGACUGGAGGCCCUCCCCAGGUCAUGGUGCGUCCGACCGCUCACUCCCCUCUACCAGGUGGACUCGGCAACCAGGGCAUGAGGGGUGGAGACGGAGAAAGGACCACAUCCAGCGAAGGAAGUCAGUUAAGCAGCUUCAUCUCAGACCUGUCCAGCGUCCGAGGUGUGGCCAACAGGAGGGGCAUCGCCGUCUGCAGCGUAGCACCCAAUCUCCCCUCGGCAUCGGCCCGUCGCUCAGAGCACAGUCCGGCCCACAAAGUGUCCUGGGAAGGCGAAGAAAUGAGGGAAAAGGCGCUGGAGAGGGUUAGAGAUGAGAGAGAGGAGGAGUGGGGGCAGAGAGCUUUUGAGCUGGAGAGAACACAGAGGGGUAACAGUCCACAGGACGUGUCAGAGCUGGUGGAUGAUGUGGCCUGUCUUUCGGACUCUACCUCGGAGGACCACUCCCUCAGUUCCUACGCUUCUGAGUCCUUCGAUGACAACGCCUCCAUAGUGACAGUCAUACGUCUCGUCAAUGAUGCCGUUGAUAAUAUUGAAAGUGAAGUGUCAAACAUGGACAAAGAACAGCGGCGGAACAGCCCUGCAUACCACUGGGAGUCUUCCUGUCAGACUUCGAGCUGGUUGUCACCGUCCCGUCUCCGUCUGCCAGAGGUAGGAUCCCAUUACGACCUUAGUGACACCCAGCAGAACAUCAGACGCGGAGGCAGCACACGCUCUCUCCAGCUGGACUACAGAGUGAUGGGCUACUGUGGUGACAGAGGCCGCGAGCUGGGGCAGGAAACCAGGAGGAGAACCUUCCAGUGGGAGAGGAAUCAGUCUGGCGAGUGGGAGAAAAAGCAAACCGCAGACACUGAAGAAACGAGAAGGCAGGGAGCAGAAGGGAAGAACACAGGUGGCGUCAGGAGCAGAGACAUGGGGGCCCACCAGGAGCACAGACACCACGACAAUGACAACUGCGAAGACAGCUCCUCACCUGUUUAUGAGGAGUACCAAGAGUCCGGCCGCGAUCCAGAGCAAAACGAAGACUCCCUUUAUGACACUCUACCCCCAACCCGGCGAGCCUAUGAAGGAUACCCAUCGAGCCCCCCUGGUCUCAACCUGCACCCGGCUCAACUUCUGCCCCCUCUCAGGGCCUGGGACCUACAGACAGGGGAAUGGAGGGGAUCUCAGGAGGAUGGCGGUGGGCUUGGCUCCAGCAGCCUGGCAGGCUCCGGGGAUGAGCUAGAAAGACUACUGAACUUGGUGUCGCUCCGAGCCAGGAGAGCCACACGAAUAAACAGAGCCUCGACUGGAUCCGAACCCACAACAGGCUGGGAGGGAUUUAAAUGAGCACACAGCACUGUUUAUAACAAAUAGAUUUAAUAAUCCUUUAUAAAUUACAGAGAGGGAGUGAUCCCCUGUGAUUAUACUUGACAUUUAUGAUAUGGCACCAUUGGUCCCCCACCUAAAAAUAAUUGAACAAGAAUAUUACCAUAUAUACUUUUAUGAUCCCACAUUAUUAUUCUGGAGUAAACAAGCACUAAUCCAGCACCAAUCCCCCGGCUCAUUUAAAAGCUGGAGGAAUAAGAGGAAGCAUAUGUGUUCUCCAGAAAACUUCACCUGUGUUUGCAUGAGAGGGAGCCGCGAUUGGCUGUGAAUCAAUGUUUUUACGAUUGUUAUUGGGAGUUAAUGAAGCACAGUAUUCAGGAGCAAGUCUGACACCAAUGUAUGUACAUAUGUUAUCAUAUAUUCCAUAUACAUCGCUCUUUUGGAUCACAGGAGGCGCACACACACAGCAGUUUUGUUAACUGAACCAUUUAAUAGUUAAAGCACUUGUUAUUUUUACUGACACAUGCUCAGGGUUGUUUUGAAGAAAACUGUUCGCCCACAUCCUAGAUGUAGCCUGAGACACGCUACAUAGAUUACCAGAAGCUGAUACCAGGGGAUCUUUACUUAAUCAUUUAAUUACUCAAUAUUUAUUUAUUUAAUAAUUGCAUUAUUCAUUUGUGUGGGCUGCAUAUGAGUCUCUUCAAAAACACACACGUUAUGGCUAUCUGGCUUGUGCAACGAUGAUUAAAUGCGGCACUUUAGGUAAUACAUUUUUUUUGUUCUACUCAAGAGUUUGGACAUCUGAUUUUGCUCUGCAGUUAUGAAACACAACGUGGACUUAUCUACUGUAGUAUUACUACAAAUGUACAUUAUGUAUUUUGUAUAUAUUUCCAAAGCUGAACUUUUAGCAGUGCUUUCGGACAGAGUUAAACCCACCUUACACCUGGUAUUAACAUGUGAAAUAAAUUCUCAGUCAUUAUGUGCCAAAAGGCUUAGAGAUUUGUGUGGAAAUGCGACCGCGAAAUGCAGAAUCACUCACCCAGGACAUGUGCACAUGGUUGGCUCACUGAUAACACAGUGUAAAUGCUGCUGUGCUCACAGUUCACACACAGCAGAGGGAAUGCAAAUGAAAGUAAAUUCCAUGUUAAACAACGAUGGAACACAUUCAGAAUAAACAGGUGGUAGAUAACUAGGAGUAUUUUGGGAUAAACAUACUGUAUUCAUAAUGGCAACUGAAGACAAUUGGGGAUUGUGAACCAGCCAGAUGUCUGCUAUCAGAACUACUGUUUGAAAUGGAAACAACUGCACUAACCAGCCUUCGUCUCAAACCUACCAUAUGCAUCUUUCUGCUCCACAUGCAAGCAUUGAAAUGCAGCAAAUCACACCAAAUACACUAAACAAACUGUUUUGGAUUCCUGGAGUUGAUGUAUGAACUGUAAAUACAAUAGAUCCACAUGCAACAAUAUGUAAUGAAAAUUCAAGCGCACACAGCACCGUUGUGCCAUGAUCAAUUUAUUGUUGCAAGAAUGUUUUUCAGCUGCAGUGAAUGUCAUAACAUGGUCAUGACCUGGUUUAGUGUCAGCUAAUACAUUCAUGUUUCACAAUAUGGUGUCCAUCCAUCCAUCCAUCCAUCCAUCCAUCCAUCCAUCCAUCCUCUCGGCCCAUUCCUAUUCAGGUCUACUCUGUGAGUAGGUUUGCUGAAGUGUGUCCCAGCUUGCAUCGGGCAACAAGCAGAGAAACAUCCUAGACAGGUCAGACUAACACGUGGACAAACACAUUCACACCUGUGGGCACUUUACAGUUUCCACUUCACCUGGCCUUCAUGUUUGUGCUCCGUACAGGGAAACCUUGGCACCCGAAGGAAACCCACAGGAAUACUGUGAGACCAUGCAAACUCAACACAGACCAGCAGCUUCCCAAGGCAAAAAUUUUACACCCAGAACCGUUGUGCUCCAAAUCAACUCUGCUAACAAGCGAGACACCUUUGCUGUCAUGUUUUAAUACUUGAUUGCCGCGCAUUGCUGUAGGAUCAUCUUGUAAACUACCUUCCAAGUCCGCUGGGUUUUACGGUAUUUCAGGUUGAUGGUGUGCUGAAGCACAAUUUUGCACUCGCGGGGAUGUUUGAGUGGCUGCACAUUACAAGGACUUGAAGAAUUUGCUCCAAUCAAGCAGAUUCAUGCUUUAUUGGAAAGAAAGCGGGAAUUGUCCUGAGGGUGAAUAUGUACCUGGUGUGCUCUAGCAGGUUAGCUAUAUCUCAACCCAGACUACGUGAGAUAAAUAAUCCCCAUAAAAUAUUUAAUCCUAUCAAGUCAGUCUUGUCACGCCUCUUAUGUGUUUUUCUUUCCCUCCCCAGUGGAAUCUGGCAGAUCCAUUUAGCAGAGCUUAAAGUCAUCAAUGUCCUGGGAAAACGUGAAGGCGUAAGAAUGCCUUCUGGAAUGUUGACUGCAUAAACUGUGCGAUCAGUCAAACAAUGCAUUUUUAUUUUGAAAUCAUUUGAGGUUUUAUGAAAAGGCUGUUAUGAUCAUGGCUUAGAUUGCUUUGGCUGUCUACACUGUCAACAGUUGAGCAGAUUGCAGCAUAAUCUUCACAUUAUCCCUUUUUGUUUACCUCAGGAACUGAUUUCUUUGCUGACUUGAAUAAAUGUAUCCGGCUUAUUGUGUGCUA